GAGGUUGGACUUCUUUAAGUAAUGUGAAAUCCUUGAGAUACUGUUAAGAUACAGAUUUUUAAUGGAAGACUUUGGGGUUUGUUUUGAUGCUAAAUUUCUUAAGAAUGAGCACCCAGGAGCGAGUUAUGCGGUAUGCGAGGAGUCGGAGGAGGAUGCCAAUGCUAAAUGUUGAUCUUAAUGCUGAACCACCAUGUGAAAGCCGAAAUCAGGAGGGGACAUCAACUCGUGCUAGAUCUCAGGAUGGGCAAGCUGGCCAACAGGUAGACACUGUACCUGCACCGAUUGAUCUUGAGGCAUACGAGGAUGAUGUGAUUAUAUCUUCCCCAGGGGCAUUUGCAGAGGCUAAAAAUAAUUCUAUAAGGAAUCGUGGACGAACUGUUGUGGUUGAUCUAGACGCUGAAGAAAGGUCAUCUCGUAACAAGCGCAGAAGAGUUUCUGCAAACCAAACAAUCAUAAAUUGUGAUGUGUAUGUCAAUCUGGAUGGAAACAACAACGCCAUGUUUAUCCCCUUCUUCGGGAGGUUCAGAUGUUGGUAUGACAAUCCAAGAUGGACUAAUGGUUGCUUUGUGCAUUUUAGAAAAACACGGCACAGAGUGUGGUGCCUUCACUGCCAAUUUCGCCACCCCAAAAGGAGCCUAAAUUCAGCUGUCCAAUUUGCAUGGGCCCAUUAGUUGAUGAGGUGUCAACCAAAUGUGGUCACAUUUUCUGCAAGGCAUGCAUCAAGACUGCCAUAGCUGCUCAGAGUAAAUGUCCUACAUGUAGAAAGAAAAUAACUAUGAAAGACACUGUCAGGAUUUAUCUUCCUGCCACUACUGGUGUUUGAGGUCUCUCUCUCUCUCUCUCGUGUGGGAAAAUGGUUCUUUAGGGGUAUAAUAUAUAGUUAUUAGAGCUUACUCCUCCUCCAAUUCAUGCAUCUUUAGGGUUUGUUGAAUGAAAAGCCUGAUUAGAUAAUAAACUGUGUAAAAGAGCAUUUCUGUGGUUCUGCAAAUAAUGUACGUUGAUUUUACUGUAAAUUUAUUUUGAAAGUUAAACAGUGUAAUUGUUGUCUAGGUAGUAUUACUCUUCAAUAUAGAGCACAGUAUAAGGAUUUACCAUCAAGAGGAUUUCUGGAGUUUUGAUAUUAGUUUGUGUCAACGUGAUCGAGAUUUAAUAUGGAUCUAAGGAAUUUUCCUUUGGACCUUGCUUAAAGAAUUUUGGUCCACUGAAUGAAAUAAGUUAAGCAAUUAUGAGACAUACAAAUUAGAUGGCUAGAGAUCUGAUUAUUUAUAAGGUAUUACCAUGUACAUUGGUUGCCACAACUCUGGAUCUGGAACAUCUAGAUAUAGAUGGAACAGAAAUGGAUUUGAACCUCUUUCUGAAGUUGGUGGGAAUUGUUCACUAAGGUAUUAGAGUUUGGAGGUGAACAUUUUGUGUGCCUCAAAGUAUUUCAGGUUAUCUGUAUUCAGCCUGCAAGCAGGAGGCAAAUGUGUAGAUUGGUUCCAUCGCUUGAAGGCAGAAUCAGUUCCUAAUACGGGAAGCAGUAGUGGAAGAUGCAAAAUGGUCUUUCUGGUGGUUUGAUGCUGCAGAACUCAAACUUUUAAGCAUGGUGCAAAGGGCUAAAGAACCUAGAGAAUGCAAAUGGUGUAAUAGAGAGAUUGGGCAAAAUCAAAGAGUGUAUAUAUGUGGUACAGAUGGACAUGUAUAUUUCAGUAAGAUAUUUAGAAGGUUGGAUUCUUGGGGUUUCAUGGGGGACAACCGAGCAAGAAACAAAGGUUGCUAAUGAAUUACUGGAGCUGCAAAGAUACUGAACUUGAAAAGUUUGGGAUUGAACUGGAGCUCAUAAGACUUGAUAGUCAAUUUAUUAUGAAGUGUGCUCUAGGAGGGAAAGGAAAGGGACCGCAUGGUCAAUUUAAUAGAUGAUUUUACGUGGGGGCGAAACUUUUGAUUUAUAUAGUUUGCUCGACUUUGGGUAUCUUAGGCCGACUCUUAGAAUGUGUAUAGCUGGGUUUUGCCCAUUGGCAGUGUCAUAACAUUUAUAUAGGCUGAUUUUCCUUAUUUUCUUACCCCAAUUAUAUAGUCCCGUUUCUUUA